GGCAAUCAGGAGCAGGACUCGGAAGAAAAGGUGGCGGCAUGGCCGAAGUGCAGGUUGACGUGGUUCUUUGCAUGGUGGCUAUGCAUGCCGCACAUUGAAAGGAGAAUUGCAUGCUGGCCCCCAAGCCUCAGGGGGGGCCCCGCUCUGCCUGCCCAGGUGACCCUUUCGCAGGGAGACGUGUCCCCAGCCCUUCUCUGUCUCGGGUGCAAUGGGGACUUCCUAUCACAUUUGGCAUGCUGGCAGCAAGGCAAGCAGCUCGAAAAGCAGGAAGGCACGUCCAAUUGUGGUGAAAACAGCCAAGGACAAGAAGGAGUUCUUCGAAGCUCAGCCCUGCGUUUGGCAGCUACAGGAGGUCAAUUUCCACAUUGUUUGACUGCACUUCAUUCAUUACUGCCCUUUACAGCUCUUUAUGGUUUCUGCUGUGGCCGUGUUGCCCCGGGCGGGCUGCACCGCGUUACACACCGCCAGGCGACUUGGGAACCAGACCCAGCUCUUCCAGGCGCCAUUUCUCAGAGGAGGGAUCCCCUUGCUGCAGUGCUUACCCCCCGCCCGUCAAAACCGCAGCGUCAGAAUGGCCAGCAACAGCAACGUAAAGGAGCGCCGGCCAGCUGCUCCGGACACCAACAAUCGUCCAAAGAGGGGCAUCUCGGACGCGGAGGCUGCAGAGAGAAGGAACAAGCUCAAUAAGUCGGUGCCCUUGGGGGAUCGCUUAUUGACAGCCUCAAACCAGCUGCUGAAUGUAGUGGCUUAUCCAAUCGGGUUUGGCGUGCUGGCGGUCACGCUGCCGUUCAUCUGGGUGCGGCGGCUGUUCUACGAGGCAUUCAAAGAGCCCCAGGAUAUGACUGACAAGGUGGUGCUGAUUACAGGGGGGAGCUCAGGCAUUGGAGAGCACAUGGCAUAUGAGUACGCACGCUUGGGGGCCCGGCUCUCUCUUGUUGCCCGUCGCAAGGACAAGCUGCACGAAGUGGAGGCGAACUCUUGGGCUCUGGGCGCCCAUGAUGUCAUGAUUGUGGAGGCUGACCUCGGGGACGAGGCCGGGUGCAAGCUGGCGCUAUCCAAGACUCUCGAACAUUACGAUCACUUGGACUUGCUGGUAAACAACGCGGGCCUCUUCAACAGUUUCUACUUCGACGAUGCAAAGGACACCAAGGGCUUCCAGUCCAUUCUGGAUACCAACUUUUGGGCCGCCGUUAACCUGACGCAUCACGCUCUGCCCCACCUCAAGGCCAGCAAGGGCCAGAUCUAUGUGACCGUGUCCGUCUCCUCGAUUGCGCCUGUGCCCAUGAACACGCUGUACAACGCGUCCAAGUCUGCGGUCGCCAGUUUCUACCACACGCUCCGCAUUGAGUUGGGCGACAAGGUGCCGAUCACCAUGUUCUCCCCAGGCAUCGUCAAGUCCGAAAUGACGGACGGCAAGUUCAUCCAGCCGGACGGGCACGUGGCGGACUACGAGGAGGGCAUUCAAUUGCGCAGGCAAAAUGGGUUCGGCCUGAUCCCGCUCCUCCCGACUGCGCUCGCCGCCCGCGCUGCUGUCGACGCCACCCGCAAGCGCAAGCCUGACGUCAUUUUCCCCGUCUGGUACGGAUUGUUUGCUUAUUUCCGCCUCCUUGCUCCUGAGAUCUUGGAUCCCCUGUUGCGGUCGAUUCUUACGGGGAAGCCGUCUCCGUUGAAAAGGGUGCAAGAUGCGGUUGGGGGGGGCCUUGGCGAGCCUAACCAGCAGCAGUUGGAGAGGGGGGGUAUGCGGAAAGUUGGGGAGAAGGAUUCUGUAGAGGAGAAAAGCGGGGCGACAAAGUGAGUUGCGAAGAUCAGAGUGCCCUUUUUGAGAUAGAGCGAAGUAGAAUUGUAUAUAGGGUAUUGUGAGGCAAACAAAGACAGCGUUGACGGAUCGCGGCGUGGCACGUCGGGUAAUUGUGAACCUAGUCGGAUUCCAAAGUCGUCAAGUGUACAGGGCAGCCUGAAUGGCGUGGUAUAGUUCUGACGAUACGAACAGCAAUUUUCCCGACAAGACGUUUUUGAAUCUUCCAUGAGUUGACACGAGGUAAUCAGCGUCGCACUUCAUAUCUCGUCCCUUAGAUACUUGUAGCUGGUGAAAAUCAAAAGUUCCAUGUAACUGAUUACGAUGGUGAUAUAAACAUACUGCAAUCUGCCUG